AUGAAGCGCUGGCAUUUUAUAUCAUACACAAUGGGCAAGUACUCGGGAAAGAAAUGCCGCCUUCUUUCAAUGUUAUGGCUGACAGGUGGCUUUUUCUUUGUGGAGUUAAUAGUAGGAUACAUCACUAAUUCUAUGGCACUCGUAGCAGACUCGUUUCAUAUGCUCAGCGAUGUUGCUGCACUAGUAAUAGCCUUUUUAUCAGUUAAGAUGUCACCAAAGAAAUGGUCAAAGAAUACGUUCGGGUGGGCUCGCGCGGAAGUGUUGGGCGCACUAGUAAACGCAGUUUUCCUAGUCGCCUUGUGCUUCAGUAUCACAGUCGAAGCUGUCAAGAGAUUUGUGGAGAAAGAAAAAAUCCACAACGCGAAGCUCCUGGUGGCGGUCGGCACACUAGGGUUGUUGUUGAACAUCGUGGGGCUGUUCCUAUUUCAUGAACACGGCAGUGGCCACGGUCAUUCUCACGGAGGAGUUCCACCUCCAUCUAAUGUCCGCCACCUCACGGAAAUAGUGAACAGCAACGCAGAUAUGGCUCUAGGUCAUAACGCGACGGAUCCAGAGGAAACAGAUGAAAUGGUUCCUCCUAAGCCUGAUGCAAGGCCGAAUAACAAGGCUCCCUGCAGAGCCCCGUCAGAUCCAGGGCAUAUGAACAUGAAAGGAGUGUUCCUGCAUAUAUUGUCCGAUGCUUUAGGUUCGUUGAUCGUUGUAGGAUCAGCGCUAGUAGUUUGGCUGACGGACUGGAAGUACAAAGAGUAUAUAGACCCUGCGCUUAGUAUAGUUUUAGUUAUUUUAAUACUUGCCUCGGUGUGGCCGCUACUAAGAGAGUCUUCACUUAUCCUGCUGCAAACCGUUCCUACACAUAUUCAGGUGGACGCGAUACAGCAGCGCUUGCUAGAGAAAGUCGACGGUGUGCUCGCCGUUCACGAGUUCCACGUUUGGCAGCUGGCCGGUGAUAGAAUUAUUGCAAGUGCUCAUAUUAGGUGUAGAAACUUGUCCGAAUACAUGAAGAUUGCGGAAAAAGUGAAAGAGUUCUUCCACAAUGAAGGCAUUCAUUCGACGACUAUACAGCCAGAGUUUGUCGAAUUACCAUUAGGAGGAAGCGAGAUAAUCAGUGGCGCGUCAGCAGAAGCCCCCUGCGCUCUUCACUGUCCACCGAACGACCUCUGUCACAACGCGACGUGCUGCGGGCCCAACCAACAGGAACAAAGUACGCCUUCUCCAACAGUCACACCGUAUUUAUGCAGACAAAGGAGCAUGGGCUCUAGAACUGAAUCAAUGUGUUCGAACAACGCCGCGGGCCAACAAGGCCGCGCUACAACGUGGAACUUAGAAGCUUUAGAGUGCGGUUCCCUGCUCCCGUCGCCUAUGCUGGACGGCCGGCUCGCAGUCUGA